AUGGCUCCGGGGCUCAGUGCUUCUCCACCAGUUGUGCUUCUGCUCCUGUCCCUGCUGAGUCUGGCUGCUGCUGGGAAGCUCCUGGUGGUGCCAGUGGAUGGGAGCCACUGGCUGAGCAUGCGGGAGAUGCUGGACAUGCUCCAGCAGAAGGGACACGAGGUGGUUGUGGUGGCACCUGAAGUCUCCUUGCACAUCAAACCAUCAAAGAACUUUGUGAUGAAAAUGUACCCGGUCCCCUUCACACAGGAAGAGUUGGAUAAAGCAUUCCAGGCCUUUUUUCAUGGUUCAUUUGAAGAAGGUUGGGUUUUGAAGAGAUUAUUUAAAUUGCACAAAGGUAUGAAAACUCUCACUGAUUGUUGGGUCACCAGCUGUGAGCAGCUAUUGCAAAACAAAGAGUUCAUCAGGUAUCUUGAGGAGAGCAAGUUUGAUGCCAUCCUUACAGACCCUGUAGCAACUUGUGGGUUGAUCCUGGCUGAGCAUCUUUCCCUUCCUUCUGUCUAUUUCUUACGAGGAGUCCCGUGUGGGUUAGACUUAGAUGCCAGGCUGUGUCCCAGUCCUCCUUCCUAUGUGCCCAGGGUGUUUACAGACCUUACAGACCACAUGACCUUUCUCCAGCGAGUCAAGAAUUUGCUCUUUGACAUCCCAAGUCUUUUCCUCUGUGAUUUUGCCUUUGAACCCUACUCAAAACUGGCUUCUGAGUUUCUGCAGAGGGAGGUGACUGUGGUGGAACUCUUACGGAAGGGCUCUGUUUGGCUCCUGAGGUUGGAAUUUGUGUUAGAGUAUCCAAGACCCUUGAUGCCGAACAUCAUUCCAAUUGGAGGAGUAAACUGUGCUCACAAGGUGCUGCCUCAGGUGGGUCUUAAUCUGUGCCUUGAUUGA